AUGCUGUUACCUCGCUCUGAUGAUGUCCAUCAUAUGACGGACGGAAACUUAGCACCUUUUCACCGGAAUCGAAGGAGAUUACCUCGGAAACAGCGUCGGCAUGAAUGCUCCAGUAAAGCCAAUCGACAGUUGGUCAAGAGGAAUCCGCCGUCCUCUUCUGGUGGAACCGACCUACGAAUCUCUUCACCCAACACUUUCACUCGAAUUGGAAGCGGAGCUGGAGUAGACACUUUGGUCCCCUCAUCCGGCGAUGCAGCUUCUCUCGACGCUUUCUCCAUCAAGAAUGUGCCGUGCACUCGUGUCUGUACAUGUCUUGAUGGUCCAGACUCUGGGUCCUGUUCUACACGUUCCGCUCUUUCGAAGUUUUCCAUCCUGCAACACUUGAGGGAGGAAACUGUGGAAGACUCCUUCAUCGAGACCUGCUGGUCUCUGCAAAACCUCGGCUUAGAAACGCACCAUGCGCCAACACAAAUUAACUUAUCUUCCCUCUGA